GUGUUGGAUCCCCUGGAGCUGGAAUUGCAGGCAUUUAAACCACCCAGCGCAGGAACUGAACUCAGGCCCUCUGCAAGAGUAAUGCACGCUCUUAACUACUGCACCAUCUGUCCAGCCCUGAUCUCCAAACUUUGUUAAGGUGAAAAAGCAACCCUGGAUCUCACGCUUGGUAUUUAUUGCUGAGAUAGUGGAUCAUUUGGAGUUGGAGGAUGUUGCCAAGAGGCAGUGUUCUUAAAGGAUGUUCUCAAGGGUGUUCUGCUUUUUGGCUGUGGAGGACUAGAUGAAAAAAGGUCCAAGGCUUGGAAAGAUGAGUCAUAGAUUUGGGAAGAAGUAAAAGCUGGAUACGAAGGAUCACUCCCACAGGCUUGUCUGGUGCCCAGGGCCUGUGUGAUGGGGCGGACGAGAAGUUGGAAUCUCUGACUUUGCCUUUUUUGCUGUAAUUUCAGACCCGGAUGCAGAGUCUACAGCCUGACCCAGCCGCCCGCUAUCGAAACGUGUUGGAGGCCCUCUGGAGAAUUAUAAGAACAGAGGGCCUGUGGAGGCCCAUGCGGGGGCUGAAUGUCACAGCAACAGGCGCGGGGCCUGCCCACGCCCUCUAUUUUGCCUGCUACGAAAAGUUAAAAAAGACAUUGAGUGAUGUAAUCCAUCCAGGGGGCAAUAGCCAUAUUGCCAAUGGUAUUGAGCCUUCCUGUGCUGGUCCCCCACUUCCCCAACUCUCUGGGCUUUGCUGCUGCCAGUGCUUCCCAGUCUCAGCAUGGUUUGGAGCUGCAGCUUUGGGCUGGGGUAGGCCAGAUUAUAGGGGAGGGACUUCCAAACCUCAUGUGCUCGGACAGCGGGCUGCUUCAACCCCACUCCUCCUUUGGGGCACCUCAACAAAGGUCACAGUAUUCUCCCUUCCCUACCAGCCUGACUUUCCUCUCAUCUCCCUGGCAUCAGCUUCUAAUGCCUGGUGCAGCCGGAUGUGUGGCAACAUUACUUCAUGAUGCAGCCAUGAAUCCAGCGGAAGUGGUCAAGCAGAGGAUGCAGAUGUACAACUCACCGUACCACCGGGUGACAGACUGUGUACGGGCAGUGUGGCAAAAUGAAGGGGCUGGGGCCUUUUACCGCAGCUACACCACCCAGCUGACCAUGAAUGUCCCCUUCCAAGCCAUCCACUUCAUGACCUACGAGUUCCUGCAAGAGCACUUUAACCCCCAGAGACGGUACAACCCCAGCUCCCACGUGCUCUCCGGAGCCUGCGCAGGAGCCGUAGCUGCCGCCGCUACAACCCCACUGGACGUCUGCAAAACACUGCUCAACACCCAGGAACCCCUGGCUUUGAACUCAAACAUUACAGGGCACAUCACAGGCAUGGCUAGUGCCUUCAGGACGGUUUAUCAAGUAGGCGGGCUGACUGCCUACUUCCGAGGGGUGCAGGCCAGAGUCAUUUACCAGAUCCCCUCCACGGCCAUUGCGUGGUCUGUGUAUGAAUUCUUCAAAUACCUAAUCACAAAGCGGCAGGACGAGUGGAGGGCCGCCAAGUGAGGAAGGACACAGUGGACCAGGCUCCGACGGCACUGCUGCAUCCUGCCCUCCAGCGCAUUCUCUGCUCACGGCCCAUCCAGUCGCGAGUGGAGUUGGACGAAAGGGAGAGAGCUCGCUCCAGGCUCUAGUUGGCUAACACUAGUUCUUGCCGACGUCUGUUGCCACCACUGUCUGUCCUCCUGGGUCCUCAGCGAGUUCGGCAAAGCCCACCGCAGUACCUCUGGUGACCUGCAUCCUGGACCUGGUGACCUGCUCCAGACCGUUGCAGAGGGAUAAGCAGCACAUUCCCCUGGUUCCUAAUUAAAAAGAAAAAAGUCUUGAAA